AUGAAACGACGCGAACGAACUAUGUUCGUAGACAACUCUCCCCCACUCCAUAGCAACGUGCAGAUGCGGGCCGUCAAACCGAGCGAUACAAGAUAUGAACUUCGGUCGCUCCGCGAGCACAAGCAGCUGAAUUCGCACGCAGACUUGAAUCUACGUCCAGAUGCCUUGGACCUAGAGCAGUUGCGGCAGGAAGUGAGCUUCUGGAGGGCGCACGCGAAGGGCCCUGCCGGGUUGAGUGAAGUCGCACAGAAUUUCCAACGCAUGCAAGCGACGAUGAAGGCAAAGGAUGCAAGCCAGGCAAUUUCAGAACAAGAGAAACACGACACUCAGGUAAAGGCCACCGCAGAGCGAGAGGACAUGGUAAGCAAGCUGAAGCAGCAAGCGCGUGAGCUGGACGCUUUGCGCCAGGACAUUGUGCGCCUCAAGAAAGAGCGUAACGCGGGCCCCAAAAGAGCUGUUUAUUCGACUGUACCCCCAGGAGUAGACGUGGGAUUAUUCACACGGUCCAAGGUCUCACGCAAGCUAGAGGAGGUUAUGAGGUCAGCGGACAAACUGGAGAACGAUAUACCUACGCCCAAGAAGCGGAGACGCAAGCACAAGAACAUGGGAGCUCUUGCUACUCGGGACCGACCAGUGUGGGCUUUAUCACCCCAACGGCCCGGAUUUGGAGUACCACUUGACUAUGCUGGAGAGGUUGGAGGAGUAGGAGGCUGCGAAUAUCGUGGUAGAAGGAAAUUUCCAACUUGA